AUGGCUACAUGUCUCAUAUUUACAUGGAUUCCGUGGACGGAUGAAGAGCACAAGUUGUUUUCGGUUGGAUUGCAGAAAGUUGAUAAAGGUGAUUGGAGAGGAAUCUCAAGGAACUAUGUGAAAACAAGAACGCCUAUGCAGGUUGCAAGUCAUGCUCAGAAGUACUUUCUCUGCCGAAGUAAUCUCAAUCGCUGUCGCCGUAGAUCCAGUCUCUUUGAUAUCACCACCGACAGGGGCUACUUUUUAUUAGCAAUUGUAAGAAAUGUUAAUGUUAGAACAAAUCUGUUUCAUUUGAAAAGUUUGUAUGGUGCAACCAAAAGCAGAAAUGGAUCUCCAAUUUCAGUCAACAAAUAUGAGCAAUACUUAAGUGCAGUUGCAUUUGCUGUUACUACUUUUGGAACGGUUGCUUUGAUGAGUGGAUUCUUCCUUAAACCUGUUGCUACACUUGAUGAUUAUCUUGCUAACGUUCUGCCUCUAUUUGGUGGUUUCUUAUCUAUUCUUGGAGUUUCUGAGUUGAGACGGCUGGAUUAA